AUGGAACUCUCUUUCAAACGAGAGAAGAUUUGCUCGGUGGAAGUUAAUCUUGAUGUUCCAUCCAUAGAGGUGCAUAGCCAUAACUUACCCUCAUAUAUUCCCGGUUAUAAUGGUUUCUUCAUGACGGUCGAAUAUUGCGACGGGUUAGUGGUUUAUGCUACCGAGAACGGGAUUGGGAUAUGCAACCCAUUGUUGAGACAGAUUAGAUGGAUCAAAUCCAAAGUGAAUUAUCGUUACAAUGGGGUGGGAUACGACAAUUCUAGACCCGAAAAUCAUUACAAGAUCUUUGAGUCUUGCCCCUAUAGCGAUACAACCGUGAAAGCUAGUAUCACCGAGUUUGUAUCCGAUGCAUGGAUUUCGAAACCGUACGAGUUUGCAUAUGAUUGGGAUUUUAUGUCGUCCUAUAGUGUAUCAUUGAAUGGAGCUUUGUAUUGGGUUGCUUUCCAUAUGGCGUCUGAUGACCAGUUUAUUCAAAGCUUUGAUUUUUCUACGGAGAAAUUUGAACCCUAUUGUCUCUUGCCUAAUAAAAAAUGUGAUCCAAGCAAUGCUAGGUCCCUUGCAGUUUUUAGGGGAGAUCGAUUUUCGUAUUUAGAGCAAAACUAUGAGACAAGGAAUAUAGAGAUUUGGGUAACAAAAAAAGAGAUUAAAAUUGAGAAUGGAAAGGCUGUGGAGUGGAUGAACUUGAUGAAAGUGUCAGUUCCUAAAUGGUCGAGUUUAAGAGAAAAGGCUUGCAUUUAUAUUGCCAAGGGAGAUAAGUUCCAUGAAAUUAUAAUAAACGAUUUGGUUGAGUAUCCUACUCGUCAUCACCGUACCUAUGUUCCUAGUUUGGUCCCAGUUCCAACGUUCACGAUGAGCAAUAGAAGUAAAACGCAGCAGGUUGAGUCCCGCUUCACACCCCCUAGAGGAAUACAAGCGAGCGAUGGAGGAAACGAGUGGGACGACGGCAUCUUCCACAAUGUGAAGAAAAUAAAUGUAGGAGUAAAUGAUUUUGACACGGUCUUUGUCAAGUUUCACUACUCCAAAUAUAACCGGAUUGAAGCCGGAGCAGGUCAUGGAAAUGCGACAACACAUAAUCCAGACGACGAAAUUAUGAUCGCUGGAGGCGACUACAUUGAAGCCGUCGAGGGGACCUACACUGAAAGCCAUAUCACCUCCAUUACAUUUCGGAUGCGCAAGGGAGACAUGAUGCCACAGUACGGACGCUUGAACGGGACGCCCUUCUCGCUUCGAGGAGAACGAGGCUCCAAGGCCAUCGGGUUUUACGGAAGAAGCUCUGGUGUCCACCUCACUGCUCUCGGCGUCCACUUCUCUCCACCCCCUCUAUAUUAUUCGUUUCCUAACCAUUCACCAGUUUUUAAUUAUUAA